CUCUCUCUCUCCCUCUCUUUCUCUCUCUCAGAGAUUCUACACUUCUACGCUUUAGAAACUAGGCAGUCCAUCGCCGAGAGAGAUUCUGUCUCUUAAACAUCACCAAUCAUUUUAAAAUAUAACCCUGCCAACUGUAGUUUUUUAUAAUGAAGAAUCCUGAUCAAAGGAAGUGGCUGUUAGAUGUCUGACCAUGUGGAUCGUCUUUGUGAUUCACUUGAUUCAGCUAGUCGAAGUUGCUCUUUCUUAAAUGGAUGGCUUUGCAGUUUAAUUUCGAGAUGCGCAAUCCUGGCUGGGUUUCCUUUUAGGAAUCUGCUUUCUACUUCAGUUGAGGAGAAAAAAAGUAACUUUUCAAUUCUAAUGGCUGCUAUGAAUCCAAUAGACAUUAGUUCAUCUGAUAGUGACUUGGAGAUCGAAGAUGACAGAGAUACAAAUACCUCAUCUUUAAGGGUUCUUCCAGGAUGGGCAGUUACACAUGGCUCAAAUUCUAGGGGUACUGGUUAUGCUUGGCAGUCUCAAAAGAUUCCUUCUCCCAAGCAAGCAGAGUUUUCUAAUUUAAACUUUUCAAAUGUAAAUAACCAUUCACAGACAAAAGUUCUGAUUCAUGAGCCCAAUGAUGAUGUUAGAGCCUCAACUCAGCUUAUUGCCCUAGAUGAUGAUCCUGAAUAUUUUACCAGGAAUGGGAAUAUUGGUCAGCCUCGGACUGUUAAUUCUCGAAUUGCUAAUGGUUCUGGUACUGAUUUUGAGAAAUUGACGUCGCAGCAGGCUCUAAAGAGGACUCUUCCUCCAUCUCUUCAGCUGUCUGGACCCAGUGCCAAAUCAGAAAAUUUAGUUGAGAAUUUGAGCAGCAGUCAGAUUCCUGAUGCUCAGGGAAGCUCUCACCAUUUGGCUGGCCAUAGUUUUGCCAAUAGUCAGGGGUAUAUGAGAGAUCAUUAUAGCAGGGCCCAUAAUGGUGAAGUUAUGAUGUAUGGAAACACCGGUAGUAGGAUCCUUCCUCCAUCUUUUAUGCAUGGAAAAUCUGUUACUUAUACACAGUUUGCUGGUUUGGAUGAUCCUGUAUAUCGUGCUGGAGUAAGUGAAGAAAGAGUUCCUGUAAAUGAUGAGAGAAUGAUUUAUCAAGCUGCACUGGAGGACCUCAACCAACCAAAAGUUGAAGCUACUCUUCCUGAUGGUCUUUUGUCUGUUCCUCUUCUCAGACAUCAGAAGAUUGCAUUACAUUGGAUGCUUCACAGGGAAACAAGAAGUGGGUAUUGUUUGGGUGGAAUAUUAGCUGAUGAUCAGGGCCUUGGUAAAACAAUCUCAAUGAUUGCUCUUAUACAAAUGCAGAAGUUUUUAGAGUCCAAAUCAAAAUCAGAAGAUCUAGGUAAUCACAAAACUGUAGCACUGAAUUUGGAUGACGAUGACGAUAAUGGUAAUGGUGGGUCAGACAAAGUAAAGCACAGUGGUGAAUCUGAUGAUACCAAGUCAAUUCCAGAAGUUAGUACUUCUACUGGCUCAUUCAGCCGACAGAGGCCACCGGCCGGGACAUUGGUUGUGUGUCCAGCGAGUGUUCUUCGACAGUGGGCCAGGGAGCUGGAUGAUAAAGUUGCAGAGGAAUCUAAGCUUUCUGUCCUCAUCUAUCAUGGGGGUAGCAGAACCAAGGAUCCUGCUGAACUUGCCAAGUAUGAUGUGGUACUUACAACUUAUUCAAUUAUAACCAAUGAAGUUCCUAAACAAGCUAUUGUUGAUGACGAUGAGACUGAUGAAAAAAAUGGGGAAAAAUAUGGAUUAUCUUCUGAAUUUUCAAUUAACAAGAAGAGGAAGCAAACAUCUAAUGUUGGUAAGAAGGGGAAAAAGGGUAGGAAAGGAAUUGAUGGCUCUGCUAUUGAUUCUAGUGCUGGUGCACUUGCUAGAGUAGCUUGGUUUAGGGUGAUACUGGAUGAAGCUCAAACAAUAAAAAAUCAUCGAACGCAAGUGGCUAGAGCCUGCUGUAGUCUUCGAGCCAAGCGGAGGUGGUGCUUAUCUGGAACACCUAUACAAAAUGCUAUUGAUGAUUUAUAUAGCUACUUUAGGUUUCUGAAACAUGAUCCAUAUUAUGUAUAUAAAGCAUUUUGCAAUGGGAUAAAAAUUCCAAUAUCUAGAGAUUCUGUAAAGGGCUACAAGAAGCUACAAGCUGUUUUGAAGACAGUAAUGCUGCGUCGCACAAAAGCAACAUUGAUCGAUGGAGAGCCAAUAAUUAAGUUGCCACCAAAGUCAAUUGACUUGGCUAAGGUGGACUUCACAGCUGAGGAGCGGGCUUUCUAUACUCAGCUAGAAGCUGAGUCACGUUCUCAAUUUAAGGCAUAUGCAGCUGCUGGCACAGUGAACCAAAAUUAUGCAAAUAUUCUUUUGAUGCUUUUGCGCCUACGUCAGGCUUGUGAUCAUCCACUUCUUGUCAAAGGAUAUAAGUCUGACUCCAUUCAAAACUCUGACUCUGUUGGACAAGUUUCUGUAGAAAUGGCGACGACACUUCCUAGAGAAAUGCUGAUUAAUCUACUGAAUUGCUUGGAAACUUCCUUUGCCAUCUGUCUUGUAUGCAGUGAUCCACCUGAUGACCCUGUUGUUACCAUGUGUGGUCAUGUUUUCUGCUAUCAGUGUGUGUCAGAAUAUUUGACAGGUGAUGAUAAUAUGUGCCCUGCACCUGCAUGUAAAGAGCAACUUGGUGCUGAUAUAGUGUUCUCUAAAGCUACCCUUAGGAGCUGUAUUACAGGUGGUCUUAACGGUAGUCCCAUGCAUCCUCAGUUCUUUGAAAAGUCAGUGGUUUUACAGGAUGAGUACAGUUCAUCAAAAAUCAAGGCCGUAGUUGAAAUUCUUCAGUCAAAAUGUUUAUCGAAGAAUUCAAGUCCAGAAUUGCAGAGUUCUGUUGAAUGCAAUGAAACAUUUUUGUCUUCAGAGCAGACAUUUUCAGAAACUGUCCAUUCAGGCAUUAGUGUCGUAAAGCGCACUACAGUUUAUUCAAACUCAGUGGCUGACGGACCAAUAAAAACAAUUGUUUUCUCUCAGUGGACAAGUAUGUUGGACUUGGUUGAGCGCUCACUACGUAAUCAUAAUAUAAACUAUCGGAGGCUUGAUGGGACAAUGACUUUAGCUGCAAGAGACAGGGCUGUCAAAGAUUUCAAUACUGACCCAGAGGUUACUGUGAUGCUGAUGUCAUUAAAAGCUGGAAACCUCGGUUUGAAUAUGGUUGCUGCGUGUCAUGUUAUCCUUCUGGACCUUUGGUGGAAUCCAACUACUGAAGACCAGGCUAUCGAUCGAGCACAUAGAAUUGGACAGACUCGUCCUGUUACUGUAACUCGGAUCACCAUUAAAGACACAGUGGAAGAUAGGAUAUUAUCUCUUCAGGAUGAAAAAAGAAAAAUGGUUGCUUCUGCUUUUGGUGAAGAUCAGAGUGGGGGCUCAGCAACUCGAUUAACGGUGGAAGAUCUCAGAUAUCUAUUUAUGGCCUAAUCUGCCAUCUCAUUUUGUUGCAUCCUCUGGCCUUAUAUGUUUCUACUUGAAGUUUCCAUCCAGAAAGUUCUGAGAUUUAAAAAUUUUGAUCAGAACAGGGAAUUCACAUCUAGUGCUGGCUAAUGCCGUCCGUCAUAUUUUGUAGAUUCAGAUGGUGACUUUUGUGAGAUUUUGGAAGUCCAGAGAGGCAUUUUUGUUCCCCUCAGGUCAAGAAAGAGGAAGGCCAGGCUGCCUGUAAAUAUUCUAAUUAUUUUGUAGUGUAUAUCAUACUUUUAGUUUUUGUAGUUAACCAUUUUUCUUCUUAAUGUAAUACAUAAAGUUAUUUCCAAAUUAUUGUGUGUUUGUCUCUAA